AUGGCAGCUGCUCAAAGUGCUCAAGGUGUUCCUCGCCAUUUCCAAGUUUCCAAGUUCCUCAGCCUCGCGCAAACGUCGCAAUUUGCGUGGUUUGGGGGCCAUUUAGUCGUUUUGACGUGUGCGUUCCUGUACAUGCUUACCUUCCGUCGCGGAACUUUGCAUUUGCACAACACGCUGUACCGGGUGCUAUAUCUAGGUGUCAUCGAGUCUUUUGGCAUCAUUAUCUACCAGCAACACUUCAAGCACCGUGGGCAGCCUUCCGGUGCAACCGGAACCAACGGCCCGGCUCCAACGCUUGCACAGCUACUUCUACGUGAUGACAACUCCAUGUAUGUGGCAAUUGCCGUGAUGUGGUUCUUGACACCAAGAUUGACCCUGACCAUGAUUCCAUACGUCGUGUUUUCCUUUUUCCACUUCCUCACGUACCUGAAGUCUGUGUUGCUGCCCCAAGUGUUUGAGAUUGGUCCCAACUCGAGAUUGACGGUGCUGAUCGACAAUUUUAUCCGUGAAAACAACGACCGUUCGAUGGUGUGGUCGAGUUUUAGCGAGCUGGUGUGUGUGGCGGUUGUGUUGGUCCGUGCGCUUUUGUGGUACCCCCGGUCCUGGAUCGUCGCGUUGGUGUACUGCUUGUUCAUCAAGAUCCGUUACGAGACUUCUCCAUACACUCGCAGCGGCGUCAAGAGAUGGGAGGUGCGUCUAGACGGCUUGAUGAGCCACUCUGGCGUGCCUGCUGCGAUCAAGAACGCCUACGUGCAUUUCAAAAACAAUGUGCGCCAGCUACGAAAGUACAAUCUGUCUGGCACUCCUCCUGCCAAGACCAUGUAA